GAAAAAUGAUGUAUGAGGGAUGUAAUGGAUGUUGUCGUCUUAUUAACAUUCAUAAUGAAACUCGUAAAUUAGCUGAAAUGAUGGGAUUAACGAAGUUAAAGUGCUUAAUUGCAAAGGAAAUGCCUAGAUCUUUGAAUAAAGGCAAUUGGGACAAAUUUUUAUUGGUGGGAUGGAAAACUAACGAUAAAUUUUUAAAAGAUAUCGUAUUGGAAUAUGUUGCAAAAAAUUGGGAAGAGUUCAUUUAUUAUUAG